AGACAUAAACAUGAACACAGUAGAAUCUGGUUUUAUCAUGGAAACCAUCUGUUGUUUACAAUCAAAUUUAGUGGCAGAGUGAAAGAAAGUGAGGGUUUAUUUUUAAAAGACUUGUGGAACUGGACUCAUUUGAACUGGUUUCCAUGGAAAUCCUCAGUCCACCAGUCAAACCUCAGUGAGCUCUGACCUCUGUAGCGACACUCAGAAACCUGCAGAUUGACAGCAUUUAACCCAGCAAACGAUUUAAAGAUGAAGGAAGAAGAGGAGGAAAUUUCCAUUGAGGAGAAAAAUCAUCAGCCGAGUUCCCUGCCAGCAGAAAAUCAAAUCAAUCCAGAUGGGCCUCAUGAUGAGGAUAGGGACGGUCCCAGUAAAAGACGGCCGGCUCAACGGAUCUCUACUGAGGACAAACAACACCGCUGUGAUUGUGGAAAAUGUUGGAGGUGGCCGUAUGAACUCAAGGAACAUCAGCGAGUCCACACCGGAGAAAAGCCAUACACCUGUCCUAUUUGUAGGAUGAGCUUUACCUGGUUGGGAAAUCUGAAACGUCAUCAGCGCAUCCACACGGGAGAAAAGCCGUAUGCCUGUGACCGCUGUGAAAAGUGUUUUGCCAGGCUGGGAACUUUGAAACAACAUCAGCGCAUCCACACUGGAGAAAAGCCCUACACCUGUCCUAUUUGUAGGAUGAGCUUUACCCAGUUGGGAAAUCUGAAACGUCAUCAGCGCAUCCACACCGGAGAAAAGCCGUAUGCCUGUGACCGCUGUGAAAAGUGUUUUACCAGGCUGGGAAAUCUGAAACAUCAUCAGAACAUCCACAGUGAAGAAACUCUUCUCCCACCUCCAUGA